AUGAGCCAACAGCAAGUAAAGAUGAUCGACAAAAUGCGUCAAUCGAGGUUCCGUUCCGUAGCGACUCUGGGAAGGAUGAGCACGAAAAUGACGUCGUUCGUCGAGAGUCGAAGGAGACAGACGUCAAAGGUCUCCACGAUCGGUUCGUUAGCGAGUCGCAUGUUUUUCCACAGACGCGGGGACCGGUUGAAGAUACCCAAGUACCAAAACACCUAUCGACUCGAAUCGUUCGACAGCUUCGAUGCGGAGGAGGUCGAUAAAAUCGUGUACGAUGUGAUGGAGAAUAAACUGUCUACGGUGACGUCGUAUCAGCCGGAUGAAAUGGCAAAACUGUGCAUGGAUAUUGGAUCCGAGUUGCAAAACGCAAUUUCCAGGAAGGAUUACGACAGGUACAAAAUAGUGGCGCAAGUGACUAUAGCUCAACGUCUCGACCAAAGCAUUCACGCAGGCUUUCAGUGUCUCUGGGACGUGGACCGCGACAAUUAUUCCUACCAUGUUUACGAAAACAACCAUAUAUACGCGUGGUGCUGUGUGUUCGGCAUGUAUUAUGAGUGA